GUCAAGAGAGACAGAGGUAGGUAGAUGACCUUGACGCUACUUAGCUCUUUGACUGGACCCGAAACGACCUACAAUCGUACUGUUCCACUCUUCCCAGGAUGAGUGACGCUUACGAUUUCCGUCCAGGGGGUUCCCUGAAACUCAAGGGCGACAAGGACAAGAAGAAGAAGAAGAAGUCUUACACCGAUUCGGAAAGGGCAGUAGUCAAGGAUGAUAUAGAGAGGUCAGGUCGGGCGGCAGAGAUCAAGGGAGGAGAAGGUUCCGGUCAGGCCGGGUCGAGCUCGAAUCCUGGACUGGUCCCUGAAGGAAGGAAGAAGACGGCAGCUGAGGAGAAGUAUGACAAGAUUCGAGAGGAACGACGACGGGAACGAGCGAAGAAGCAGGCAAAGAUGACACACAAAGACCGGGUGGCACAGUACAACGCAGCUCUCGAUCGUCUAAGUGAACAUCACGACAUGCCGAGGAUUGGACCCGGUUAAUAUCCUUUCUCUCUCGGUGCUCAACCAGCGUCU